UCAUCCUGCGCCCGCCCGCGUUGAGAGAUGCUCCAGGCUGUUUGCUGCGGCUUCGUCGGGCAGCCCCCGGCUCUGGCACCUCCGGGACCCUCCUUGUCUUGAGAUGAGACCCCGACACGGGCGGGCCGCGCGCUGGGAGGGCCCCCGGAGGGGUGAGGGCCUUACCGCGGGUGGAGCCGCCUCCCCUCCCCCGUGACUUGCUGCAGACCCGAGAGAGCCGGUGGACAUGGCCAGCAUCACCCAGCUGUUCAAUGAGCUCUGUGAGGCGCACCUGGGGCAUGUGCCCCGCAAAGCCCACCCUGGCAGGCGUGGGGCCAACAUGAGCAAGGCCAAGCAGGGCCUGAAAAGGGCAGUCUAUGACACCCUUUUCAUGGACCUCUUUCAGGACGAGGGCCACAAGCCACCAUCAGCCGGGUCCCAGCUUCCAGUGAAGAACAAAAUCCUCAUGUUGUCCUUCAACUUGCGGGUUGGGGGCCUGGGGCCUGACGCUGACAGGCUGGAGGAGCUGGUGGAGGGCCUGGAGGCGGCUCCUGCCCUGGGCCUGCCGCUGGCUGAUGUCAGGGCCGUGCUGGACCUCUUGGUGCACCUGGCCGGGAGCGGCCCGCCACAGCUCCUCCCUCAGAAAAGAGACUACUUCCUAAACAACAAGCAUGUGGGGAGGAACGUCAAAUAUCAGGGCUACGAUUGCUACGAUGUGAGCAUGUUUGAGGCCGACGUGCGCUUCCUGAUCGCCAGCGAAGAGCAGCAAUGCCAGGAGGUGAUCCAGAAGACGCUGCAGGUGAUGGAGGCUGCGCCGGGCACCAGCCUGCCCUCCAUCGGGCUCUUUGCCCAGAACUACCCUGGUGUGGACAGGUUCGAGAGAGAGACCCACGGCUCACUCUUCGGGGCCCUGGCACACAGCCGCACCUACGACAUGGACGUCAAGCUGGACCUGCCGCCUGUUCCAGACAACGCUGACUCGUCAGGCCUUGCCAUCCAAGUUCCUCAGAGCAUCGAUCAGUCAGAAGAUGAGGGGUUCCAAUCAGCGUCCAAUCUGACACCUGACUCCCAGUCAGAGCCCAGCAUGACCCCAGACAUUGACCUCUGGGAUGCCGUGCUGACCUACGAGCCCAGCAAACGCAGAUGCUGGGAGAGAAUUGGCUGCCCACCCGGGAAUAAAGAGGAGCCAUACCUCACGGAGGCCGGGAGAGAAGCCUUUGACAUGUUUUACCGCCUCCGCGAAGGUGAGCUGCAGCUUCUGCACAGUGGCCUGCUCCAGCUGCCCCCCCUGUUUCUGAUGAAGGAGAGGGAGCUGGUCAAGGACGUCCUGAACGUGCUCAUCGGGGUCGUGUCGGCCACCUUCUCCCUCAGUCAGGCCAGCCAGGUGUUUGAGGUGAAACAAGGUGUCUACGUGUCAGGAACGUCUCCGCAGAACAUGAGCAGCCUCCUGUCCGAGGUUGCCGAGUACGGCACGCACUACACCCGCCUCAGCCACUUCUCCCUCCAGCCGGUUCUGGAUUCCUCCUACAGCCAGGGACUCGUGUUCCAGGCUUUUACAAGUGGCCUACGGAAGUACCUGCAGUAUUACCGAGCCUGUGUCCUCUCCACACCGCCCACCUUGAGCCUGCUGACCAUUAGCUUCCUCUUUAAGAAGCUGGGGCGCCAGUUAAGGUAUCUGGCCGAGCUCUGUGGAGUGGGCACUGCCGUUCCCGGGCUUAGCCAGGGAGGGGCCCGGUCCUCCUUCCCAACUGGAGUGAAGCUGCUGUCGUACCUGUACCAAGAGGCCCUGGAUAACUGCAGCAAUGAGCACUACCCUGUCCUGCUGUCGCUGUUGAAGGCCAGCUGUGAGCCCUAUACCAGGUUUAUCCACGACUGGGUGUACAGUGGCGUGUUCCGUGAUGUCUAUGGCGAGUUCAUGAUCCAAGUAAAUGAAGAAUAUCUCAGCUGCCGUGAUAAGUUUUACUGGACACAUGGCUACGUGCUCAUUUCCAAGGAAGUAGAAGAUUGUGUCCCUGCAUUUCUGAAACAUGUUGCCAAUGACGUCUACAUCUGCGGGAAGACCAUCAACCUACUGAAGCUGUGCUGUCCUCAGCAUUACAUCUGUUGGUCUGAUAUCCCCGUGCCCCGCAUCUCGGUCAUCUUCUCCUUGGAGGAGCUGAAGGAGAUUGAGAAGGACUGUGCCAUCUACGUAGGGCGCAUGGAGAGGCUGGCCCGCCACAGCGCCGUGAGCAAGGAGGAGAAGAAAUUGCGGAUGGAGAUUGCCAAGCAAGAAUUAAUUGUCCAUGCCCGGGACACAGCCUCCCGGGUACUGAAGGCCUUGAAUGAUCGACACAUGUCUGAAAGGAUGGCCUUGGAUGCCAAGAAACGAGAGCAGUUCCAGAAACUAAAAGACCAGUUUCUAAAGGAUCAGGAGCGUCGCCUGGCAGCCAAACAGGAGGAGAUUGAUGAUGACUUCAGCUACGCUCGUGAGCUACGUGAGAGAGAGAAGAGACUGAAAGCUCUGGAGGAAGAAUUGGAGCACAGGGCAAGGCAGGACCUAAUUGACCAUUACAGCAAGUUGUCAGAGGAGGCCGCUCGCCGUGAGCAGAGGGCUCUCUGGAAGAUACAGAGGCACAAGCUGGAAACGGCCCGUCUGAACUUUCUCUUAGAAGACCAGAAACGCAUCCAGGAGAUGCUUCAAGAUGUCUCAGAAGGAAAGUACAGGGAGAAGCUUGACAUCCUUCCCAGUGUCCACCCCCCCGGACGAGCGGGGGCCUCAGGAGGGGAGCCCAGGGUCCAGGCAAGACAGUCCUCAGAUGACAGUGGUGAGCUGGGGGAUUCCCAAGGGGCUUCGGAGGCUGCACAGGGGCCGCUGCCCUCAGCAGGUCCCUGGACAUCAGAGCGGAUGGAGCCUGAGGAGGCUGGCACAGAUGGCCACACCCUGGCACCAAGGACUGAGGAGAAGCCGGGGCAGGCGGAUGGGGCCAGCCUGGACCCAAGGGACUUCCUGCCCAGGCCUCUCCCCGAGGAGCUGCCUGCUGCUCCAGGCUCCACAGCCUCGUUGGAAGCCGCGCUGCAGACUAUCUCUCUGGACCUGGCCCCCGCUGUGGAGCAAGGAGGAGGCCAGCAGCAGCAGCAGACAUAUGACUUCACCACCAUCCUCCGGGCCCCCAUUCCCUCCCCCUCCCGAGAGCCCCCAGUACCCAGGGACACGUGCCCCCGGCCCCGCUGGAGCCUCCACGGCCACGCCUCAGACUCCAGCAUCCAGCUAGGAGAGUCCGUCUCUGAGCCCGAGACCCUGCAGCCACCUCCCAGCCCUGCAAGGAGCCGGGCCCGGUGGAAUGUCCAUGGUCACAUCUCAGCCUCCCACAUCAAGAUGGGGGACUAUGCUUCAGAUGUGGAGCUGGCCCCACCCCGAGGAAGCGUCCACGGUCACGUGUCAGACAGCCGCAUCCCUCUUGGGGCCUACAUGUCGGAGGUGGCCUCUUCUCGCCCCCGCUGGAACAUACACGGCCACGCCUCACAGUCCCACAUGAAGCUAGGUGACCUCAGCGUGGAGACUGACGCCCCCUGGCCACGGUGCAGCGCCUUUGGCCACGCCUCGCAGUCCAGCCUCCAGCUGGGCCAGAGUGAACUUCCCCCUCCCCCCAAGCCCCUGUCCAGGCACCCAACCCCCACGGCGGCCACCUCCACCAUGCAGUGGUUUUUGUACAACAGGGAGCUGGGCUGCCCAGGUCCAGGGCGGCCUCCAGGGGGGGAUGCACUGCCCCAGCCCCUUUCCUCUGCCGACAGAGAAGAGCCAGGCCAGGAGCCUGUCCCAGAGGAGAGAGACAAACUGGGGGAGAGGCCGGCCGCCGGUUCGGUCGGGACGAGCGAUGAGAGUGAAGACCUCUCCCCAAACCAGCCUCCUGUCUCGCAGAAGACAGAAGUAGAAACCCCAUCCGCGGCCCACACAGCCUCCCCCAGACCCGAGGAGGCAAAGGAUAGGGCCAAAGACCGCACCCAGGAAGAGGCCUACUUGAAAGCCUUGUCUGACCAGUACUGCCUGGAGAAAUACCAAGACAGCUACAGCCUGAUGUCCGAGCCUCCGGUGUCCCACCUCAUGCGCCACAUCGUUCCCAGGCCCUUCUCCUUCCCCAUGGAUCCCCGAGGGCCACUGGCAACUGAUGAGACCUCGGUUCAGCUGAGCGAGCUCCUGACCCUGCCCGUGCUCAUGAAGCACUCCAUCACGGCCCCGCUGGUGUCUCAUGUGUCUCUUGUGAACAAGGCAGUUGUCGAUUACUACUUUGUGGAGCUCAGCCUAGAAAAGCACUUCGAGGCCUUGCGGCACUUCUUACUCAUGGAAGAUGGGGAGUUUGCUCAGUCUCUCAGUGACCUGCUCUUCGAGAAGCUGGGCUCUGGGCAGACUCCCGGGGAGCUCCUGAACCCUCUGGUCCUCAACUCUUUCCUCACCAAAGCGCUGCAGUACAGCCUGCAUGGGGACACGCAGCUCGCUGCCAACCUUUCCUUUGCUCUCAAGUACCUGCCGGACGUGUUCACCGCUAAUGCCCCUGACGCCCUGAGCUGCCUUGAGCUGCGCUACAAGGUUGACUGGCCCCUCAACAUCGUCAUCACAGAAAGCUGCCUGAACAAAUACAACAAGAUCUUUUCCUUCCUGCUACAGCUGAAGCACAUGAUGUGGACGCUGAAGGACGUGUGCUUCCACCUGAAGCGCACAGCAUUAGUGAAUCACGCCUCUGGCUCGGUGCAGUUCCGUCAGCUGCAGCUCUUUAAGCACGAGAUGCAGCAUUUUGUGAAGGUGAUCCAGGGCUACAUUGCCAACCAGAUCCUGCAUGUCACGUGGCGUGAGUUUGGGAACAAGCUGUCGGCUGUGAGCAACCUAGAGGAGAUUCACCGCACUCAUGCCGAGUACCUCAACAAAGCCAUCUUCAGGGGGCUGCUGACGGAGAAGGCCGCUCCUGUGAUGAACGUCAUCCACAGCAUCUUUAGCCUCAUCCUCAAGUUCCGCACUCAGCUCAUUUCCCAGGCCUGGACCUAUGAUAGCAGCCGGCAGGUGGCCGUGCACCCUAACUUUGCUCUCAUGCAGCAAUCCUACAGCACCUUCAAGUACUACUCCCACUUUCUUUUCAAAGUGGUCACCAAGCUGGUGAAUCGAGGGUAUCAGCCCCAUCUUGAAGACUUCCUCCUGAGAAUUAAUUUCAACAACUACUACCGAGACGCAUGAGCCGUGGCCCAGGCAAGGAUUGGCGUAUCAUAGAAGGCCCCUCUGUAAAUAGCUGGCACGCACACAAUAAAGGGUCCUGGGGACUGCUCCCCUACCCAGCA